AUGCCGACAUGCAGCCGUAAUCGGGCCAUUUGCGCGGUGCCGCAAUGUAGCCGAGGCUCAGUCAGCCGACUAUGCCGACAUGCAGCCGUUAUCGGGCCAGAUGCGGAGUGCCGCAAUGUAGCCGAGUAUCAGUCAGCCGACUAUGCCGACAUGCAGCCGUUAUCGGGCCAGAUGUGGGUGCCCCCAGACUUCACACCGAAGGAACGGCUCGAGAUUCAAAACCUCAAUCUGCACAGACAGGACUUGCUGGAUGAUAUUCAGAAGCUGAAGUGGGAAAUCGAGAAUGUAAUGGCAGAAAUUCAGAACUUUGAGUCUUCGGAGGAGAACAAAGUAGUAGAGCGUGGCAAGCAAAUUUCAAGCGGCAAAAAAAAAUUCAACAUGGACCCUAAAAAGGGUGUUAAUUAUUUGGUGCAGAAUAACCUGCUGGAAUGGAAACCCCAGAGCAUAGCUGAGUUCCUCUAUAAAGAGGAAGGACUGAAUAAGACGGCUAUAGGAGACUUCCUGGGAGAGAGAGAGGAAAUGCACCUCCAAGUCCUUAAAGCUUUUGUGGAACUUCAUGAGUUUUCAGACCUCAACCUUGUCCAGGCACUCAGGCAAUUCCUGUGGAGUUUUCGACUUCCCGGCGAGGCUCAGAAGAUCGACCGUAUGAUGGAAGCCUUUGCCACACGUUAUUGUGAUUGUAACCCCAACGUCUUCCAGUCCACAGACACAUGCUACAUCCUGUCGUUUGCCAUCAUAAUGCUGAACACCAGCCUGCACAACCCUAAUGUUAAAGACAAGACCACACUGGAACGCUUCAUUAGCAUGAACAGAGGCAUCAACAACGGAGAGGAUCUACCCAACGAGCUGCUCACGAAACUAUAUGACAGCAUACGGAAUGAGCCCUUCAAAAUUCCAGAGGAUGAUGGGAAUGAUCUCACGCAUACGUUUUUCAACCCAGAUCGAGAGGGCUGGCUACUGAAACUAGGUGGAGGAAGAGUAAAGACAUGGAAGAGGAGGUGGUUUAUUCUGACCGAUAACUGUCUCUACUACUUUGAAUACACAACAGAUAAAGAACCAAGGGGGAUCAUUCCUCUGGAGAACCUCUGUGUGAGGGAGGUCAGCUACUCACGCAAACCGUACUGUCUGGAGCUGUAUAACCCCAACAGUAAGGGACAGAAAAUAAAAGCAUGUAAGACGGAGACAGAUGGUCGAGUGGUGGAGGGGAAACAUCAGAGCUACAUGAUCUGCGCUUCAACAGCCGAGGAGAGAGAUGACUGGAUCGAAUCUAUCAGGGCAAGCAUCACAAAGGAUCCAUUCUACGAUCUGGUCUCUCUGCGAAAGAAGAAAGUCAUCAAUCAAACACCACAGGACUGA